CAAGGCUAUGGCAACCAGGAGAAGCCAAAGUUGGUGGACCCUCUGGAAGCGCGGAGGGGUCGCGAGCUCGUGGUCAGACCCGGCGCGGCGCUCAUGGCGCUCUACGAGCUCUUCUCUCACCCGGUGGAGCGGGGCUACCGCGCGGGGCUCUGCUCCAAGGCGGCGCUGUUCCUGCUGCUGGCCGCCGCGCUCACGUACGUCCCGCCGCUGCUGGUGGCCUUCCGGAGCCACGGGUUUUGGCUGAAGCGGAGCAGCUACGAGGAACAGCCGACCGUGCGCUUCCAGCACCAGGUGCUGCUCGUGGCCCUGCUGGGCCCCGAGCGCGGGGGCUUCCUCGCCUGGAGCACGUUCCCCGCCUUCAACCGGCUGCAGGGGGAUCACCUGCGCGUCCCGCUCGUUUCGACUAGAGAAGAAGACAGGAACCAGGAUGGGAAAAUGGACUUGUUACAUUUUAAACUGGAGCUUCCCCUGCAGUCCACCGAGCAUGUUCUUGGUGUGCAGCUCAUCUUGACGUUCUCCUACCAACUGCACAGGAUGUCGACAUUCGUGAUGCAGACUAUGGCAUUUCUCCAGUCAUCCUUCGCUGUUCCAGGGUCCCAGUUAUACGUGAACGGAGACCUGAGGCUGCAGCAGAAGCAGCCCCUAAGCUAUGGUGGCUUAGAUGUUCGGUACAAUGUAUCUGUAAUCAACGGGACCAGCCCUUUUGCCCGUGACUACGACCUCACCCACAUUGUUGCUGCCUAUCAGGAAAGGAAUGACUUGGAUUUCAGGAGAAAACUACAGUCAGUUCAGACAGCUUGGAAAGAGUCCCAUCUCUGGUCAAGCAAAGACUUUUCAUCUCUUGAACUGAGAAACAUGCUAUGCAUUUCUUCCCCCUAUUGUAAACCAGGUUUUACUCUUUGCACGGCUCUCUGGUGAUAGAUAUGCAAAUCAUCAGCACUUUCCACUCCUGGGCAUCUAAAUUUCCCAUUCAGAACUGAUUUCCAGAACUGAGAGGCCUUUAACUGGAGAUCUGGAGAGAGAGAAAGGGCGUGCUCCAGAGCACGUGUGCACGUGCGGGAGGGUGGGCGACUUGAGGACACUAGGACCGUCCGUCCACCUGCCCUGGGUCUAACAGACAGUCGUCUGUGGGCAGCCCAGCUGAACAGCCCUUUAUCCCUGCCCUGCUGCGGCUGGCUCUUUGCCCGCCGUCUGUGCCCCUGGAACAGCAGGCUGCAGUCAGAAGUGCUUCCCCAUUCACAAGCCCCUCAGCCACAGCGGGGGAAGCAAGGAGUGUAACAACAGGUUCUUUCUCUCUGGCCCGUACCCAACAGCCUGGACACUUGCCACUCCUUCUCCUUGACAGCCCUCCCCCUUCUUGAAAAGGACAUGGGUGACAGAGGAGCUGUUGUUGGUAUUGGCUCCCACUGCCUGACAACCACAGAGUUUACUUGGAGGGCUAGCGGGAAGCCCAGAUACUUGUAUUUCCCUUGCCUAAGGAACAGGGUGCCCAGCAGAGCGGGCCGCUUUGGGGAGGAGACACAAGGAGCAGGGAGGGGAUAAAGAGGAUGCUAGCCAGGGCAGCCCAAUCCGGGCCUGGCCAUUAGCAGAAUGAUACGCAAGUCCAGCCAGAUUACCCUUACGACCAAGUGAGUGUCUGCAGAAGAGACCACUGGAAGGGCCUCUGUCGCACGUGGAAUACUGAUUCUCUAUCCUUGCCCUAAGGACAGCUGGACCUGCAUUAUGAUCCUGAGAUAUCAUUGGCACUGGAAGAACACUGUGUGAUCCAUGCUUCAUGCCCAUCCACACACACACUCCUGAGUACGUGCCUCAGUUUACCCUGGAGACUCAGUUUUUAUUUCGAAAGCACCUUUUCUUUCAGGCUGACCAAAAUAAGAGUUUUGGAAACAAAGCUGUUUUGAAGUAUUCAAGCACAAAACUAUCCUAACACUGGCCCCUCUGUUUUUUCUUUUAAUAUUUUGGGCUGUUUAUAUGUCUACGGUUUUUGUUUUUUGUUUUUUUUUGAGAUUUAAAUACAAAAUUGUCUCUGGAUUGAGGUAGAGAUAUGGAAAGCAUAGCUGAAUAUGUGUGUAAACAUGGCUUUACAUUUUAUUAAAUUAUUUUCAUGCAAAAUGUAUAUAAAGAAACAUGAUGUUUUGUAACUUUAUAAUUAAAAUGUUCAAACUGGAAGGUUGCAUGUGGCUCUUUAGAGGGACAGUAUUUGGAAAGGGGAGGAUGGGGAGGGCAGAGGUUGUGCACACUUCUUCGGGUUACUCACUACCAGCCUUGCUUUGCCAGGGAUCUGCCCAAAGACCUUGGAGCUUUUGUUAGCUCUUUGGCAAAAAUCUUCUGGCCCUGCCCCAAGUAAAUGUGAGUUUUUGGUGGAAUCCACAUAGCAUGUGGAAACCACAGGCUGGAAAAUUACAACUGCGUCUGGUGAAUAUCAAAUUAUUUACGGAUCGGAUGUUGGUAGCUUCUGAACCUGAAUCACACCGUAUGGUUGCAAGAGGGGGAAAAGGUGGGAAAUAUACAGGAUUUUAUCAACUGGGCUGCAACCCAUAGCUAUGUCAGGGUUUGAGACAAUUAAUGUUUGGCAGGGGAGAGUUCCUUAUUUUGCCAAAUGAUUAUCCAGUUUCUGUUUGAAUCAGGUGAGAGCCCCGAUUAAGAUUAAUAAAGCAAUGAAUAAAGCCUUCUUCUUCCUCUUCACAUUCAUGGUUUGUAAAAGAAGUUUUGUUUCUUUGUGACGACAUGAGUUCUAAAUAUCUAUUGGGGGAAUGUGUAAUUACAGAAACCUAAAGAAAAUAAGUUAUCUGUAAAUUGCUCCCUAGAAGUUAUCACUGUUAGCAUUCUGAUACACAUCUUUUUAAUCUUUUAUUUCUAAUUUUUUUUGCUAUCAUAA